AUGGCUGCUGCAUCCGACUUGGUCAACCAAGAGCUUGCUCAAGCCAGCGUGAUGGACAUUCGCAAAGAAGCUGAUGUUCUCACACAUACGAACAUCGAGCUAGGCACGGAAAGACGAAUAAUGUUGGAAGGCGAUCUGCGACGUGUACGAAUGGAAGAGCAGCUGCCGUGUCAGAAGGAAGGUUGGGUGGAAAAGGACUUAUUUAAUUCCGAGAAAUUGCGCGCCCAGAUGCGUGACGCUGCUCGACGGUCAGGCGUCGAACUUGGAGGUCAGACAAGCGAGGUGAUGUCGUACGCUCUGCAUGAGUAUCUGAAGCAGGUGAUGGAAGAAAUGGUUGAGAUCGCGAAGCAUCGAGGGGACUCGCAAGCGCAGUCGUUUGAGGCAUUGCAAAAAGCGCGAAGGGCUGGAGCGAUGAUGGACGGGCGAUGGGGGAAUCGGAUGGAGCUAUCGGCGACCGAUAUUUUACGCGUCAGUUGCGAAGAUUCGUUUACGAAAUUAGCGCAGGAAGAUAUGGUGUUGCGAUCGCAGCUGUUGGAAGAUGCUAGACGCGAGGAGCAAAUUGAGAAGGAACGGGCGAAGAAGCGCAAGAAGGUGGACCGCAGUAAGCUGAAUCAGGACGAGCGAGACGAAGCCGAGAUGGAUAUUGAAGAGCUGGCUGUAAAGGAUCUGAAGGAGCGUCUGCUGCAGCAGGAUAAGGAGGGCGUUGUGAGGGUGGCUGGCCGCGUCAACGAGAGCAUAUCCGUCAAGUACGCGUCGCGGGUGCCUGACAAUCAAGUGACUUUGGAGGACGCCAACUACUGGCUUGUAAGUCAGAAGCCGUAUAUCCGUCCCAAGCUGUUUCUGCGUGCCGAGGCUGCGCGCAUUGUGACGAAGUCUCUCCUCUGA